AUGAUUUCGAAAAUGAAUCUUCUCGUUUCGUUGCUCUGCAUCUUGGCACUGAUGAUCGGAUCGGCUUCCAGCAGUGACCUCCAGUGCACCCAUGGCGCCCGAGAGGUGCUCGUUUCCUCUGGAAGCUACGAAAAAAGCAAGGGUUCUACAAAGGGCUCAUUGUCUACCAAGGGCGUUACCAAGGGUUCCACCAAGGGUUCCACCAAGGGUUCCACCAAGGGCUCGUCCACCAAGGGUUCUACCAAGGGUUCUACCAAGGGUUCCACCAAGGGUUCUACCAAGGGUUCCACCAAGGGCUCGUCCACCAAGGGCGUUACCAAGGGUUCCACCAAGGGUUCCACCAAGGGUUCCACCAAGGGUUCUACCAAGGGUUCCACCAAGGGUUCCACCAAGGGUUCUACCAAGGGUUCCACCAAGGGUGCCUCCAAGACUGCCUCCAAGACUGCCUCCAAACCUGCCCCUAAACCUGCCCCUAAACCUGCCUCCAAACCUGCCGCCAAGAAAGCAAAGAGGCGAGCUCUGGGUGAUGCCAAGGGGUCGAGUACCAAGGGUGCUUCCAAGGGAUCGUCUACCAAGGGAUCAUCUACCAAAGGUUCGUCUACCAAGGGAUCAUCUACCAAGGGUUCGUCUACCAAGGGUUCGUCUACCAAGGGUUCGUCUACCAAGGGAUCAUCUACCAAGGGUUCAUCUACCAAGGGCUCCAACAACGGAUUGUCUUGUCCCUCAAGGUUUGGUAACGGUGAGGGUACCUCCAAGGCUACCAAGGGUUUAUCUACCAAGAGCGCUACAAAGGGUUCCAACAAGAGUUCCACCAAGGGUUCAUCUACUAAGGGUUCGUCUACCAAGGGUGCUUCAAAGAGUUCUUCGAAGGGCUCGUCUACCAAGGGUUCAUCUACCAAGGGCGCUUCAAAGAGUUCCUCCAACAGUUCCAAGAAGCGAGCUCUCAGACAGCUUGCUUUUAAGGGUUCUUCCAAGGGAUCGAAGGGCUCCAAGGGUUCUUCCAAGGGAUCGAAGGGCUCCAAGGGUUCUUCCAAGGGAUCGAAGGGCUCCAAGGGUUCUUCCAAGGGAUCGAAGGGCUCCAAGGGCUCUUCCAAGGGAUCGAAGGGCUCCAAGGGCUCUUCCAAGGGAUCGAAGGGCUCCAAGGGCUCUAAGGGGUCCAGUAAGGGUUCUGAUUCUUGCGAUUGGGGAAGCAUUUUGGACAUUGUUCCACAACAAAGUCCAGUUGAUGUUACCACUGUUGCAUCUGACGGUUCGUCCGUUACAUUCCAAGUCACCCAAAGCUUUUCUUCGUCCAUGAUGUCUGGAAUGGCAGUUCUCUUCGGUUCCGACGAAGAACAAAACGUAUGCGAUGUCACCAGCAACGUCGAUGCUGAUUGGGUGAGCCAGGAAUAUACAGCCUAUUGCAAUGCUUGUGGAAUUGCGGAAGUCAAGAUCUUCUUGUUUUGCGACGAGGUUGCCACCGAAGGCGACUACUGUCCCGGAGACUCCAACGACUUCUAUGAGUACACCUUCGAACUCGAGUGCAAGCCAAUCUGCACUCCAACAAGUGCACCUUUUGAACUUCCUGAUGUUCCAACUGCAUCACCUGUAAAUGAACCUACUUCAGAAGCAGGACAACCUACACCUACAACAACAACAAUACAAGCAUCACCACCAACUCCAGGUAGCUUGGGAGAUCCUCAUUUCAAGACUUGGAUGAAUGAACAUUAUGAGUACCAUGGACAGUGCGACCUGGUCCUAACAAAAGAUCCAACUUUUGCCGAUGGCCUUGGUCUCGACAUCCAGAUUCGUACCAAGUUGGUUCGCUUCUGGAGCUACAUUAAAAGUGUCGCAAUCCGCGUCGACAAUGACAUCUUCGAAGUACAAGGAGGGACUUCACACGACCCUAAUUACUGGAUCAACUUGGAGCGCGAUGGUCCAUUGACCACGAUCGGUGGCUUUCCAGUGAGCAUUGCCAGUUUCGUUCGUCCUACCAAGGGGAUGCAAAAGGUUACUUACGAGAUCGACUUGAGCGCCAAGUAUCCCGGACACAUGAUUGUAAUUUCAACUUUCAAAGAGUUCGUCAAGGUUGAAUUCGUCAACGCAUCAGACGAAGCUUUUGGCAAUACUGUUGGUAUGCUUGGAGACUACAAGACAGGUAAUACACUCGCAAGAGACGGAAAGACUGUCCUGGACAAUUUCCGAACGCUUGGAAACGAAUGGCAAGUACAGCCAUCGGAACCUAUGCUUUUCCAUUCCACAGAACAACCACAGUUCCCUCAGAAGUGCAUCGAGCCAGAGGCCGCACGCGGAGAUCGACUCCGUCGCCGCCGUCUUGGUGAGACUACCGUUACCGAAGAAGAUGCCGAGAAAGCGUGCUCCAGACUGACAGACCCGCUUGAUCGUAAAGACUGUGUCUAUGACAUCUUGGCCACCCAAGACAUGGAUAUGAUCGGAGCAUUCUAA